AUGCGCCCGAAAGAGUGCGGGCAGAGCUACGCCGGGGACCGGCCCGGACCCGGACCCGGGGAUCCAGCAGCGGUCACCCCCGCACUGCCGCCCGCAGCCGGUCCCGCUCCAGAGCCCUCCGCCGAGCCUGGACCCGCUCCUGCGCAGGCACCGGCGGCUGAGCAAGGAGAGGGAUCUGGAUCCCCAUCCGUCUCGGGACCCUCAGACGGAGUUCGCCCGGCCUCCGAGGCUGGAUCAGAGGCAGGAGCCCAGCGCGGAUCCGCAUUCUCGGCAGUCCAGGGGAAUGCCCAGUCCGUGCCCGGCAACUCAGAUGUACCGUGGACCCGCUUCAUAUUUCAAGGACCCUUUGGUCCCCGGGCCACUGGCCUGGGGACUGGAAAGGCUGCGGACAUCUGGAAGACGCCAGCUGCCUACAUCGGCCGGCGGCCAGGGGUGUCGGGCCCCGAGCGCGCCGCCUUUAUUCGGGAGCUGGAGGAAGUGCUGUGUCCUGACCGACCCCCACCAGUCAAGAAGAUCACUCCAGAAGAUGUCAAAGUGAUGUUAAAUCUGCUGGAGGAGAGAGAGCGGGACCUGAAUACGGCGGCUCGCAUCGGCCAGUCCCUUGUGAAGCAGAACAAUGUCCUGAUGGAGGAGAACAGCAAGCUGGAAGCCAUGCUGGGCUCAGCCAGGGAGGAGAUUUUACACCUCAGACACCAGGUGAGCCUGCGGGAUGACCUCCUCCAGCUCUACUCAGACUCUGAUGAUGAGGAGGAAGAGGAGGAGGAUGAGGAAGAGGAAGAAGAGGAAGAGGAGGAGGAAGAAGAGGAGGAGGAGGAGGAGGAGGAAGAGCAGCAGCAUGAUCUUCCCUAUGAAGCCCCCGAGCCGACACCUCUGACGGAGUCAGAGUCGCUGCACCACUGCCCGCAGCUGGAAGCCCUGCAGGAGCAGCUGAGGCUGCUGGAGGAGGAGAACGACCAGCUGAGAGAGGAGGCCUCUCAGCUCGACGCCCUUGAGGAGGAGGAGCAGAUGCUUAUUCUGGAUUGUGUGGAGCAGUUUUCUGAGGCCAGCCAGCAGAUGGCUGAGCUGUCGGAGGUGCUGGCGCUCAGGAUGGAGAACCAUGACCAGCAGCAGAGGGAGGUCAGCCAGCUGCGGACGCAGGUCAUGAAGCUGCAGCAGCGCUGCCAGCUGUACGGGGCUGAGACUGAGAAGUUGCAGCAGCAACUGGCUUCGGAGAAAGAAAUCCAGAUGCAGCUCCAGGAUGAGCUGCAGGACCUGCGGGAGAAGUACACGGAGUGUGGGGGCAUGCUGAUUGAGGCCCGGGAGGAGGUGAAGACCCUCCGCCAGCAAGCCCCGGUGUCCACUGGCUCUGUCACCCACUAUACAUACACUGUGCCUCUGGAGGCACUUCCUAGUUUCCAGGAGACCCUGGCUGAGGAGCUCAGAACGUCUAUAAGGAGAAUUAUCUCAGACCCUGUGUUUUUUAUGGAAAGGAAUUAUGAAACGACUACAGAGGAGUUGUCCAACCUGGGGUACGAGCUGCGCUACGGUGAGGUGCGGGAGCAAGAACAGGAGUUCGAGGCUGAGGAGGGUCUGAUGCCGUCAGAGGAUUUUGUGCCGGCGGAAAAUUUCGUGCCUGCGGAAGACUUGGUGCCUGAGGAAGAGCUGGGGGCCACAGAGGAGGUGGUACCAGCCGAGGAGGAGGUGACGGAAGAGGCAGAGCUUGUGUCAGAGGAGGCGGAGGCCUGGGAGGAGGUGGAGCCGGAGCUGGAUGAGACAAGGCGGACCAAUGUGGUGACCUCAGCCCUGGAGGCCAGCGGGUUGGGCCCUGCGCACCUGGACAUGAAGUAUGUCCUCCAGCAACUGGCCAGCUGGCAGGACGCCCAUUACAGGCGGCAGCUGAGGCAGAAGAUGCUCCAGAAAGGCUCCCCAACCCUGCAGCAGUGGCAGCAGCGGGCCAAAACAAACAUGGGGGGCGGGAUCGUGGACCAGCAGCCCAGGGUGCCCACCCAGGACUUUCGGAGGCUGGAGGAGGACAGGGUCAACCACCCUCCCAGGGCCUGGGAGGAAGAGGGGCCUUCUGGGGCCACCCAGGCCAUUGGGACGAAGGCCUCCGCCAGCAAGGGCCACGGUCGGACCAGUCCCCUGGGUGAGUCUGAAGGUGGGCUCCUACAGGGUGGGGGUGGUGGGUCAGGGUCUCCUCUCCCCAGCUUGAAACCCUGAAGGCCGGGGAGCUGCACCUGCUGAGUGCCAUGUGAGCCCUGCUUUUAAGGAGCUUGCAGGAGUAUCAAAGAGGAUUUAGUGACGUGCAGUAUCUCCUUUAAUCCUCACCCCCCCAUAGGUAGGUGUGAUCAUCCCCAUUUAUUUGGUGAGGUUCAGAGAGUGAAAGCAACUCAUUCAAGGUCACACAGCUAGAGUGGACCUGAGCCUCUUCUCCUCACUACUAUGCCAUUAGACUUUCCUGGUCCAUCCCCACCUCUGACCCUGUCCUGGGGCCUGCCUGGCCUGCUGGGUCAGCCAUGCAGUUGAUAACCUGUUGCCAGCCUCAUCAUUGUGUGUGGCCGCCCCCACUCUGAUGGCGCUUUGGUCACCAAUGGGUGGCUUCCCUCUUCAGGGCUGCCAUGCAAGGUUGUGCAGUUUGUAACCUGAAUGGUGACCUCUAUGGCCAGGCAGUGGGCGGCCUGCAUAACCACCAAUGGUGGCUGUCUCUUUCUGAAAUAGCUGACCAGGCCCAGCCCCUGCCCGCUGCCCAGGCCACGCCUGUGGUCCUCAGGCCCCCAGUUCAUGUCCGUGCCCCCUUCUCUUCCAGGCUUUGCUGUUUCCCAGCAGCCUGCAGAGGCCCCACAGACAGCCUGAGGCCCCUCCUUCCGCUGCCUGGCCAAGUCCCACCUGCCCCAGGCCCUCCUUCCCAUCCUCCGAAACAGGACUCCCUGUCUGUCACCAGCCCUCCCU